AUGGAUAUAUCAGCUAUAUCUGGUGUACCAGAAGAGCACAGAAAAACUAGAAUGGUGAGAAUCUUUGUUCCUGCUAGAAAUGCCAUGCAGUCUGGUUCAUAUGGUACAAGAAAUUGGAAGAUAGAGUUUGACCAACGAGAACGAUGGGAGAAUCCUUUAAUGGGAUGGGUUUCAAGUGCUGAUCCUUUAUCAACUAUGAAUUGUGAAUUUAACACAGUGGAGCAAGCUCAAAAAUUUUGUGAGAAAAAUGGUUGGGAGUAUUUUGUAGAGAAACCUCAUGUACCAACUUUUAAAAAGAAAAAUUAUGGAGAUAAUUAUUCCUGGAAUAAACGAACCAGAAAAUCUACCAAAUAA